AAAACAACAACAAGGCAAGACGGCCGGAGGAUGUGAGGAGGGAUACGGGAGCCGUGCGUCCGUGAGAUCGUUUCCAAAGCUCCGGCGCGGGGUGUGAUUUCAGCACCAGGGGAGAGAGGACAGCUCCCGACGCAGCAACACGCAGAGCGGCUGCUCGUGGACGCGGAUCUGUUCAUUCAGCCAAGUCGACGUGAAUGAGACGUUUAUGUGCUCAAACUGGAAAUCCAGACGCACGAGCUUCGACGCAGCAUGGAUCGGCGAUAAAACACUGCCUUAUCUUCUCCAACGUGUCUAAUUUCUUCAUCUUUUUCCCCGAUGUAGACUCACUUCCCCCCGGCGCGCAUAUAUGUCUUGAAACCGGGAAUGACUUGUUAGCGUUGGGAAAAAAAUGCUGCUUUGGAUCGUUCUGCUGAAUGCGGCUCUUUGUGUUGCCAGUGGAAAUGUUACAAGGGACGUUUGUAAGGAGCAGAUAUGCUCUUGCAACGAGGUCGAGGGAGAUCUGCACAUAGACUGCGAAAAAAGGAGCUUCACCACUCUGCGGCAUUUGACUGGCCCCAGCUCUCAGUUUUAUCACUUGCUGCUGCACGGGAAUUCUUUAUCCAAGCUCUUUCCCAAUGAGUUUGCCAACUUUUACAAUGCGGUCAGCCUGCAUUUGGAAAACAACGGAUUGCAUGACAUUGUUCCCGGUGCCUUUCUGGGAUUGCAGCUGGUGAAAAGGCUGCAUAUCAAUAACAAUAAGAUAAGAUCAUUCAGGAAGAGUACAUUUCUGGGGUUAGAUGACUUGGAGUAUCUCCAAGCUGAUUUUAACCUCCUAAGGGAUAUUGACCCCACCGUUUUCAGGGACCUAAAUAAACUUGAAGUGUUAAUACUUAAUGACAACCUCAUCAGCUCUCUACCUGUGAACGUGUUCCAACAUGUGCCCAUUACGCAUCUCGACCUGCGGGGAAACCGAAUCAAAACAUUGCCUUAUGAGGGGAUCCUUGAGCAAAUACCGGGCAUUGCAGAGGUUUUGUUGGAGGAUAACCCAUGGGACUGUAACUGCGACCUGGUUUCUCUUAAGGAAUGGUUGGAGAACAUACCGCAUAAUGCUCUCAUCGGGAGGGUGGUAUGCGAGGCUCCCACCAGGCUGCAAGGUGGCGACUUAAAUGAGACAUCGGAAGCGGAUCUAUGCCCUUCACAGAGUGGCGGCGUGGACACCAGCCUGGUUGCCCCUCCCACCCAGGAUGAGACCUCAGAGCCUGCGGCCCAGGGCCCGCGUCCCACGCCUUACAAACCCAGUGGAGACUCCAGCGGUCUGCCAACGCCGGUUGGUGGCGGCCACGGGCCCAAGAGCCGCUCUAAAUCUCGAGAGAACUGGCAGUUGAAAACAAAACCGACUCCGUUGACGACAGGUGGGAUCGGCGACAAGGAGCAGCUGCACAACAUGACAUGCCCUCAACCAUGUAACUGCAAGCUGGUUGGCUCCAGACAAGGGUUGGGGGUCAACUGCGAGGGGAAAAAAAUCGAGAGCUUAUCCAACCUUCGACCCAAACCGCUGGCUGCUCACGAAUUGAAUAUGAGAGAUAACAACAUACAUGCUAUCAAAAAGAACCAGCUGCUAGGCUACUCCAGCCUCAACCUGCUCGAUCUGGGAGGGAACAACAUCAAGGUGAUCGACAACAGCACUUUCCAAAACCUGACCGAGCUGAGAUGGCUGUAUAUGGAUAAGAACUAUCUGGAUACCCUGAUGGCAGAGAUGUUCAUGGGCCUUGUGAAUCUGGAAUAUCUCAGUUUGGAAUACAAUGAUAUCCAGCUGAUUGUGGCAGGUGCCUUCAGCCCCAUGCCAAAUCUAAGGGUUCUAUUCCUCAACAACAACUUGCUGAAAUCUUUGCCUGUGGAUGCUUUUCUUGGAAUUUCUUUAUCCAAAAUUAGCCUGCAUAACAAUUAUUUCACUUAUCUCCCCGUGGCUGGAGUGUUAGACCAGCUCAAUUCAAUCAUCCAGAUAGAUUUGCACGGAAACCCCUGGGAUUGCUCGUGCAACAUCGUGCCCUUCAAGCAGUGGACGGAGAAACUCGGAGCAGACGUGAUAGUGAGCGACCUCAAGUGCGAGUCCCCGGAAGAGUUUUGGAAGCAAGAUUUCCGCUAUGUCCGCAAUGACCUCAUGUGUUCCAAACUCUUUGACAAAAUCUCCCCCACCUCGCUAUCCAAAAACAGCACUUUCACCCUGGACUCUGGGACGCGUUCAAACUCCUACUUGGAGCCCAACAGGGUCUCCAUCUCGGUGCUCGUCCCCGGGUUGCUGUUGGUGUUUGUCACGUCUGCUUUCACCGUUGUAGGGAUGCUUGUGUUCAUUUUGCGCAAUCGGAAGAGGUCAAAGAGGAGGGACGGGAAUUCUUCAGCCUCGGAGAUCAACUCCUUACAGACGGUGUGCGACUCAUCUUACUGGCAUAGCGGGCCUUACCACGCCGACACUGGCGGACACCGGGGCUUUGACUGCACCACGCACCUCUCCGCCACAAGCGAUUCCUAAAUGGGACUCUUAUUGUCUAAUUAUCGGAAAGCCAAUUGCAGACUGGAUUACAAGCAGCCACAGACAGACAUCCAACUGACUAAAACCGGCAACUGCUUUGAUUCAUUACAGACAAAUGCAGACUUGUUUACGUCUUGCUUCUCCAGUUGAACAAAGUAAGUCAGUCUGCUGCACAGGACCCAAUCUGUAAUAUAUGUAUAUGCCAUAACUACUCCCCCCCAGCUAAACCCCUCCCUCACUCCCUCCCUCCGCCUCCUCUUGGUUCUAUUUGCCGCAAUCAGACUACGGAUCUGUAUCAGACAAGAAAAAAAAAAAGAGGAAGAAGAGGAGAGGGAGAGGGCGUGUAUGUGUGAGUGAGGAGCGAAAGCAAGACCAAGGACCCUGGGAAUGGUGCACGAACGCAUGAAUGUAAAUGUAAAUACUCGGACUGAUGUAUCAUAAUUUGCAUGAUAAUAUUUCGCAUGGUUUCAACACACAUACA